AUGGUUGAAGCCGAUCGUCCCGGGAAGCUCUUCAUCGGGGGGCUCAACCCCGAAACCGACGAGAAAGCCCUCGAGACGGCGUUUGGCAAGUAUGGUCGCAUCACCGAGGUGCUCCUGAUGAAAGACCGAGAAACGUCCAAGUCCCGGGGCUUCGCGUUCGUCACCUUCGAGAGCCCCGCAGACGCCAAGGCCGCCGCCCGCGACAUGAACGGCAAGUCCCUGGAUGGUAAGGCCAUCAAGGUGGCCCAGGCCACCAAGCCGGCAUUCGAGAGCAGCCGGCGCGGGCCGCCGCUGCCCCGCAGCCGCGGUCGCCCGAGAGGCCUGCGUGGGUCUCGCGGGGGAGGCGGCGGCGGCCCGCGGCGACCCCCGUCCCAGGGCGGGUCCACCGACGAUGGCAGCUACGUGGGGGAUUUCGACCUGCGGCCCUCCCGGGCCCCGAUGCCCCUGAAGCGCGGGCCGCCGCGUAGGGCCGGGCCUCCGCCCAAGAGGGCCGCGCCGUCGGGCCCGGCGCGCAGCGGAGGCGCGGGGAUGCGGGGGCGAGACGGCUAUGCGGGCCCGCCGCGCCGGGAGCCGCCGCCCCCGCGCCGCGACCCCUACCUGGGCCCGCGGGAGGAGGGCUACUCGCCCCGCGACAGCUAUUCGAGCCGCGACUACCUGGGCGCCCGCGACCCCCGCGAUUUUGCGCCCUCGCCCCGAGAGUACGCUUAUCGCGACUACGGCCACUCCAGCGCGCGGGACGACUGUCCGUCCAGAGGCUACUGCGACCGCGACGGCUACGGGGGGCGCGACCGCGACUACGCGGAUCACCCAAGCGGAGGCUCCUAUCGCGACCCCUUCGAGAGCUACGGGGACCCGCGCGGCGCCGGUCCGGCCCGGGGCCCCCCGCCAUCCUAUGGCGGUGGCCGCUACGACGACUAUCGCGGCUGCUCGCCCGAAGCCUAUGGCGGCGGCCGCGACGGCUAUGGGGGCGGCCGUGGCGACCGCUACUCGGGGGGCCGAAACCGGUCCUUGGAGAGGGGGUGCCCGCCCCCGCGCGAUUCCUACAGCCGGUCCGGCCGCCGGGAGCCCCCCCGGGGCGGAGGCCGCCUGGGGAGCCGCUCGGAGAGAGGGGGCGGCCGGAGCCGCUACUGA